CCUGCUAAAAGUGAUGUUCAACCAGGCAUGGUCUUCAUCUUUGAGCUGUUUCUUCUUCCCGGAACAAACAUCCACAUGAAUCAGGUGGUUGGCUGGGGUGCCUUUCCAGUUUGUGACAGCUAUUUUGAGACUCUAGAGGGCAAAUUUAAAUGCCCUUUGCUAAGAGGCCAUCAAGAUCCCAGGAUUGACCAGUUCCGAAAAAUUGAAGAGCUUAUCUCAUCUGAUCUGGACAACUGGUUGUGUACUAUUUAUUUUCAGGUAAUCAAGCUUCCACAAUCCGGGCAGAAUGAGGUCACCCUUCAAAUCCCUCCACAUGUUCAUCAAAGUUCAGAAUGCUUUUAUGCAUGUGAAAAAACUGAAGAGGGUCAAAAAGGUUGCAACACCCAGGAGUCUACUCUUAGGAGAUCACAGCUCAGCCUGUCCGCUCGCUGUAGAUGCUCCUCUUCAUCCCUGCAAGGAAAUGAUUGCGAUAAAUCAAAACCUGAAAAUGCAAAGAAGACAAGUGAUCCAAUCCCUGCAAAUGAAGAGAAUGGAAUGUACUAUAAGAAAGAGUUAAAUGAAGAUUGCAACAAGCAUAAUCCACACCUGAAAGCAGACUCCUCUUCAAAAGACAGUGUGAAGGAUUUCCAGUAUUGUUUAUAUGCAGACAAACUGGAAGAAUACCACUUCUCUUUACGGCUACACCUUCAGGGAGAACACGGUUCCUCCGCCAAGGCUCAGCUUGCCACCCCUGCGGUUGAGCAACAACAGCCAGUCAUCCUUGUAUCCUACACCUGGGCUGUGUUCUAA